UUUUUUUUUCCUUCCAAAAUUCAAAACUGAAACCCAAAUUUCUCUCUAUAUAAACCCUCAAUCUCCUCCCUCAAGCACCAACCAGAUUCUCAAUUCUCUUCUCAAAUUUGAAAACAGCUUCAAUUCAAGAACACGACAAUGCCUGCGAUCCCCGAAGAGCCACUCCUGGCCCCGAACCCCGACCGGUUCUGCAUGUUCCCAAUCCAAUACCCCCAAAUUUGGGAAAUGUACAAGAAAGCCGAAGCCUCUUUCUGGACCGCCGAAGAGGUUGAUCUUUCCCAAGACCUCCGCCACUGGGACUCCCUCACCGACGGCGAGCGCUACUUCAUCACCCACGUCCUCGCCUUCUUUGCCGCCUCCGACGGCAUCGUUCUCGAAAACCUCGCCGCCCGCUUCAUGAAGGAAAUCCAAGCCGCCGAGGCCCGUGCUUUCUACGGCUUCCAGAUCGCCAUCGAGAACAUCCACUCCGAGAUGUACAGUCUCCUCUUGGAAACCUACAUCAAAGACUCCACCGAAAAGAAUCACCUGUUCCGCGCCGUAGAUACCAUCCCCUGUGUCGCCAAGAAGGCCCAAUGGGCCUUGCGCUGGAUCGAUGCCACCGACUCCUUUGCCGAGCGCCUCGUCGCCUUCGCCUGCGUCGAGGGAAUCUUCUUCUCCGGCAGCUUCUGCUCGAUAUUUUGGCUAAAGAAGCGCGGCUUGAUGCCCGGCCUCACCUUCUCCAACGAACUCAUAUCGCGAGAUGAAGGGCUUCACUGCGACUUCGCGUGCCUCUUGUACUCUCUCCUCAGGAGGAAGCUCACCGACGAGCGCGUGAAGGAGAUUGUGCGCGAAGCGGUUGACAUAGAGAGAGAGUUUGUGUGCGACGCGCUUCCCUGUGCGUUGGUGGGGAUGAACGGGGAGCUAAUGAGUCAAUAUAUUGAGUUUGUUGCGGACCGGUUGCUGGGUGCGCUUGGAUGCGGGAAGGUGUACGGUGUUCAGAAUCCCUUUGACUGGAUGGAGCUUAUAUCUCUCCAGGGCAAAACUAACUUCUUUGAAAAGCGCGUUGGGGACUAUCAGAAGGCUUCCGUUAUGUCUAGCUUGAACGGUAAUGGAGGGGCACAUGUGUUCAAGAUGGAUGAGGAUUUUUAACUUUUUAGAAUGUUUUGCUAAUUAUUUUGUUAGUAUUUUAACUUCAUUCAUCGUAAUACUUCUUGUAUUUCACUGUACCAUAUCCCCAGUUUACAAUAAAGUUGUUGAAUUGAUAAGAGUAAAUGGUGUUGUUGGUGCCAAAAAAGGAAUGUGAUUGUAUUUCCUUGUCAA